GUACUGUCCCCAUUAUGACAGGAUAUGAACUUUGAGGACGUGGCCAUUGCCUUCUCUCAGGAGGAGUGGGGGCUCCUUGAUGAGGCUCAGAGACUUCUGUACUGCGAUGUGCUGCUGGAAGGGUUUGCACUGGUAUCAUCUGUAGGUUGUUGGCAUAAAUCGAAUGGGGUGGAGGCCUGUUCUGAGCAGAAUGUAUCUGUACAAGGGGAGUCACAGGAUAUGAACUUUGAGGACGUGUCCAUUGCCUUCUCUCAGGAGGAGUGGGGGCUCCUUGAUGAGGCUCAGAGACUUCUGUACUGCGAUGUGAUGCUGGAAGUAUUUGCAGUGGUAUCAUCUGAUAUGAACUUUGAGGAUGUGGCCAUUGGCUUCUCUCAGAAGGUGUGGGUCUCCUUGAUGAGGCUCAGAGACUUAUUUUAG